GACUGAGCUAGAGCGACGGCAGCGGGGCAUUACGGGAGCCAUGGCAGGGCAAGCUUUUAGAACAUUUCUUCCUCUUCUUGACCGAGUUUUGGUUGAGAGGAGUACAGCUGAGACUGUUACCAAAGGAGGUAUCAUGCUUCCAGAAAAAUCUCAGGGAAAAGUACUACAAGCAACGAUAGUAGCUGUUGGAUCAGGAGCUAAAGGAAAGCGUGGAGAGAUUCAGCCAGUUAGUGUAAAAGUUGGAGACACCGUUCUUCUUCUAGAAUAUGGUGGCACCAAAGUCGUUGUAGAAGACAAGGACUAUUUCUUAUUUAGAGAUAGUGACAUCCUGGGGAAAUAUGUGGACUGAAAUCACUAAUGAAGUGGCGUCAUGAAAGUUGCCCAUUCCACUGAAGUUCUGAAAUCUUUUGUUUCAUCAUGUAAAUAAUUUCCAGGUCUCU